GGUAAAGCCCGGGCAGGCCAGGCUGGGGGGAACCUCUCACAGCUCCUUGCCUCGUGAAGUGCCUCACCGCGGGCUCGGCGCCGCGGUCGGAGGGCGCGUUAGAGCGUGGCUGGAGUAGGUAGCCAGCGCUGCAAGAGAGAGGUUAAGAACUACUGUAAAUUAUUAAAAGCUACCGGGGACGAGUGCCGGCGACGUGAAAGGGGGCUUGGGUCUGUGUGCGUGCCCGCAGGUGCUGAGGUGGAGAGCCGCCGGCUCCUCCUGCUUUUAGGGAAACAUUAACUUUCAGAGCUGUGCUGUCGUUUGGAGAGAACGUAGGAAGUAUAGCGUUGAAAACAACGCUAAAUAGGCGAAAAAGAGAAUGCAAAUUCCCAUUUUUACGGUUGAUGCGUUUACAAGCCGGUCGUUUUCAGGAAAUCCUGCGGCAGUUUGUCUGCUUGAAAAUGACUUGAAUGAAGAUUUGCACCAAAAAAUUGCAACAGAAAUGAACCUCUCAGAAACUGCCUUCAUCAGAAAGCUGCACUCCGUCGAUGACUUUACCAAAAGUUCCUGCUUUGGACUGAGAUGGUUUACUCCAACCAAUGAAGUUCCUCUCUGUGGUCAUGCUACACUUGCAGCAGCUGCUGUGUUGUUUCACAUACAAAAAAACAAAAAUGCAGUUCUCACUUUUGUGACUCUGAGUGGUGAAUUAAAAGCUAGACAAGCGGAAGAUCAUAUUGUCCUGGACUUACCGCUUUACUUAACCUACCCGCAGGUAUUUCAGGAAGUAGGAGAACUAAUAAAGGCAGCCAUAGGAGACAUGAUUGUUCAAGAUCUCCGUUAUUCUCCUGACACAAAGAAACUCCUGGUCCGUCUCAGUGAUACUUACGAAAGGUCUGUGUUGGAAGAACUGCAAGUGAGUGCACAGGAUUUUCUGUCAGCUGAGAAGACGGGAAAGGUGAAAGGACUCAUACUGACUCUUAAGGGAGAUUCCAGUGGAAAACAUAAAGGCUAUGAUUUCUACUCCAGAUAUUUUGCACCUUGGAUUGGAGUUCUGGAAGACCCUGUUACAGGAUCUGCCCAUGCUGUUUUAAGCAGCUACUGGUCAGAGCAACUGGGGAAAAAAGAAAUGCUUGCCUUUCAGUGUUCUCACCGUGGAGGAGAACUGAAGAUUUCACUACGUAAUGAUGGAAGAGUUGACAUUGCGGGGCAAAUUGCUAUUGUUUUAAAAGGAAACCUGACUUUCUGAAGAAAUUGACACUAGGAGUUUAAUCACCUACACUUUCAGUUUAUUCAUGUUAUGCUAAUUCCUUCUUAGCUAUAGGUGGUAAAUCACCACUGCCUUCAAAAAUCUUUGCUUGCUUAAUGUCCAUUUAAAAACUUACUUUAAAAUGUUCACUUCUAAUCUUCAAGAUCUUUGGUUUUAUCUUCACUUUUUUCUCACCGCUUCAUAUGUACACUGCUCUCAGAAAUUGUCCAAGGACAACUAUUUUCUUUUACCACUCUCAACUGAUUUUCUUUUUCUUUACAUUCAAAUCCCAUGUUAAAGGCCAUUUCUCAUUCCUAGAUUGGUCUCUGGUAAAGUUCUCUGACCCAUGAAAUAAUCACUUUUUCCAUUUUAAGUCAUUCUGCAUGAAAUAUGACUGUGCUCCUUAAAAAAAAAGUCUUUGCCAUAACUAGAAAUGAUGUUUAAAAUCUAUGUUCAUUAAUUUACUUGAAUUAAACUAUGAAAAAAAUAGAAA